AACAUGGACGACGACGGGUUGCCGAUUAUCGGUCCCGGCGUUGAUUAUGCCAAGGUCCCGCCCAUCCAACAGAAGCGAACUUUGGCUUUCCUCAACUACUUCCUGACAAGAACAACUUCAUUUCUGAACCACUUUGCGACAGUUUGCGACGAGAAAUUAGAAGACCUGCUCAUCAGAAUACAGCGACUGGAAGCCUCCAUGUGCAUCCUAGAGGCAAAGCUAUCUUCGAUUCCUGGGCUUGAAAAUGUAACAACCGGUGCCGCUGAAGCCAAGCCAGAUGCACAAGACCGGCCAAAUACGGCACAGGCCGCUGCCAAUCAGUCGCAGCAGAAGCAGUCGAAAGGCUCCACGGUCGAGACAAAUGCCGAACCCAUCAUGGCGGCAGACUCGGUGACGCAGCCUCCGGCCGCGCCAACGAACACAAUCUCCAAGGAUCCUAGGUUCUCAAAAUACUUCAAGAUGCUCAAUGUUGGUAUUCCUUUGGGCGCUGUUCAAAUCAAGAUGCGUCAGGAAAACGUGGAUCCCAGCAUACUAGAUAAUCCCGAUGCACCGGCGCCCCCUGGUGCUCCAACAUCUCCAUGUCCGGCGGACGGCAACACCACCGACGACAGCAGCCUCGGCGAUUGAUGCGGCAAAGUUCCAUGUUAGCAUUCACAUUCCACGUGCGGCAGCCUCAGCCACCCGGCUGGAUGAAUUCGCACCAAACAGGGCCGCCACGCUCGAACCGACGUUCAUGGGGCCUCGAAGCACCCGUAAAGGCAAUUUUCAGUGAGCGGGUGUCACCCCAACUCGCUGUGCAUAGUGCUCGACCAUAACUUAACCAACCUGUAGUGUCUUGGGGCUUGACCGCCUUUGCUAAUGUGUAAGGAUGAGCUUCGACAGUCAGUUUCAAGCAUUAUUUUCACCGGUUCAGACAGCUAUAUACGCUAGAAGUGUUUGUGUUUACCAAAAAACAAACCUUAAGUUUUUUUGUACAGUGAUGGUUCGAGUGUAGGAAAUUGUGCUAAUUGAGCGCCGCGUCAAUUGUCUCGAACCAGCCAUUACGUGAUGCACUAACCUUGUUGUAUUUAUAGUUCUGUAUUGGAAGUAUAGCUUGUGAUAUAUUUUGCUGAAAGACUAGAGAGUCUCGCGUCAAUAAAGCUCUGUUUAUACCGGUUAAAUGCAGUCCCCUAAAUGAGCAUCAGAGAAUUGAUUUUUCGUAAACUGUUGUGUUAAAAAUGAUCACAGGGUGUGCUGCUGGUUCCUAAUUUUUUCGUGCUGCUGGCUUUUUUUUUUUUUUUUUAGCCUGCUGCCUUAUGGAGCAGCUAAGGCUAGAUUCAGAUUUACACACACAUUCAUCUGAAUAUUCAUUUGUGAUAGCAAGAAGGCUAGCAGCAUUUUCGUAGGUUUGUUAGCAAUCUCGAUUGCUUCACUCCGUCAUCUGUGUUUCUGCAUGGAUGGUGAAAGGCCACUGCAUUACCAUUCCUUUGAAAUAAGUUGUAUUGUCAGAUGCAUGCCAUGUAGUUGCAGUCUUGUGAGCGAUUUCAUGUAACUAAUUGCAACGUGAAACAUUUAUUAUAAUUUACAUAGCUGCUCAUCUUGUGUGUGCUUAUUGUUUGUAACAUGGAGUGUCGUCUGGAGGUUAUGUUCUUGUGGUGUGUAAUUUUACUAAGUGAGAGUCACUUCGUUGUGUUUUACCAUCGCAGGGAUGUUCGGUGCUUCCUCGGAAUUCUUGUAGGUGCUUAACACAAACGUGUUAAAGUCUUGCAUGAAACAUUUUAGAGUGACACAACUUUCUGGAAGUUCCUCUUUUGUACUUGCUUUCAGAGCGUAAGUGAAUACAAUACUCGUGCGUGUGUCCCCACAAGUAGCUUCGAUUGUGCUGGAAAUGUGGCGUCCUAAUUGUCGUUACCCAAAACGAGGUGCUUUGAUUAUAAAGCCUUCUGCGUACCAUCUUAUUCCCAAGUGGCAGCAGGCAACAGUGAAAAUGUUAGCAAGUUCCUCUAGUCCAUGUUAUUCCUGCAUUGCCCAUCAUCGUUCCCCGUGUUUACUAGACGGCACACAUCUAAAGUCACCCGCCCACCAUUUAGAUUCCUUUUUUUUUUAGGCAUUUAGCAUGUUGGUCAUGUAAAAUCGCCCUGUUAAGAGCUUGUCACAUCUCAUUAUGAUUCCAUAUUUUACAAACAGUAAUUGCCGUUCGUGAAUGCAUAUACACUCUAACCUAAUUAUAAUGAAGUAGCAUCUUACACGAAAGUAACUUUAUUAUAUCUGAAAAUUUAUUCAGAAUUACAAAGGUUUAUUCCUUACAUCAUAUUUAUUGCAAGGUCAUUUACCAUUUACUUCGUUAUAACCGAUAUUUCGUAUUAUCCGAGUUUCUUAUACAGCCAAACCCUUUUAUAAGAGACCCUGAUAUAAGAGACAAAUGGGUAUAAGAGGCGCCAGUGUGUCUAAAGUAAAAUACGGGUUGAUAAAAAAAUGCAUAGGAGGUACACAGCUUAUAAGGGACAUCUUGUAUAAAAGACAAGAAUCGCUGUCUAGAGCUUGACUCUUAUAAAGGGGUUCAACUGCAUCGAGGUUUGAGUAUAUUCAAUGUCACUAAAGUAAAAUACGGGUUGAUAAAAAAAUGCAUAGGAGGUACACAGCUUAUAAGGGACAUCUUGUAUAAAAGACAAGAAUCACUGUUUAGAGCUUGACUCUUAUAAAGGGGUUCAACUGCAUCGAGGUUUGAGUAUAUUCAAUGUCACCUGCACGCUUUGCAAAAGUUUUACUUGGUGUACUCAUUCACUCAAGGAAGCACUUCAUUAAGAUCUCAUUAAGCCUAGCUUCAACUGGACGAAAAGUUGGUAUUUUGUCUAAAAUGCAUAGCACUGGAGUGAAUUUGACGCUUCUCCGUAAUGUAACGCCUUGCUAGAAAGCUCGUGAGAUUGUUCCAUAGUAGAACGGACCUCAAACAUUCCGUUACCAUGCGGCUGUUCGUCACCGGUGUAUUUUGUAGGUCUUUGUUUGAAGGGGCAGACAUUUUUCGUGUUCAGUAAGCUAGCUGGAAUAUUAAGUCGUUGUAGGAUUUGAUCAUAGAGUUCAACUGGAGCAGCACAGAGGUCACAGCGGGAGUGCUUUGUGUUGAGUCAAAAGAUGUGUUAAUAGCAUGCAUGAUGUAUGCAGUGGCGUUCCUUCUCAGCUGUGAUUGCUUAUUUUGCUUAUGGUCCAAUUCCCUUUCUCCCAUACUCUCCAUCUAUUGAUUUUUUUUUAAAUUGGUGAGCUUGAACUCUACUUAGCUACAUGUUUAGGCAUCAUCUCAAAAAGUCCAAGCAAUCUAGUUGUCUUUCCAGUAUAAACAGGGUAGAAUCAAUUUGCUUUUAUUUUUGGGUUUUUCUCCCAAAGGCAACAUUUCGAUAUAGAAAAUCACCUUAUGAAAAAGUUAACAGUAGUUAGAUCGCCCACUGACUGUCUGGUUUACAAAAACUAUUAUUGUACAGUGCCACUACUUAACGAAUAUGUGUUUGGAGAAAUGAGACUUUCGUAGUUUGAAAACAUAAGUGUUUUAAUAUGUUCUGUGUAUCUAGGAUGAUGUAGCCAUACCACAUAAACUCCCGAUUAUUUAGUUUGGUCAUUGUUCUGUACACAUUAAAAAAACUGUUUCUUUUUAAGCUACUUAUGGUAAAGUUCUACGAUUCAUGCCACGACCCCUAACUUACUAUAGAGAGCCUCAUGUUGUAAGCUGCAUUUUGCGCAAGCGAUUGAGAUACUAAAAACACUUGUUUUGGUCAUUGCAGCCUCUUGCACUACUGGUGUUUUUCAUGUGCCAUUCUACUUUUUUUCUUUUUACAUCCUAAAGCAAGCAUGUAAUUUUAUGUUCACUGUCAGUAAUUGUAAUGUGCUCUACUUUACAUUUCGAGGCUAAUCAAAGAGUUGAUUUCUCCAUCUUGUCCACUCUAAUUCUCAACUGCAAGCGCAGCUUGUUGCAAAUGCUCUUUUCCUGUUCUAACAACACUACCAUCUAUUGCAUCAGCAAGGGCUCUUCAACUGGAGUUCAGAUUUGGGUGCACGUUAAAGAACCCCAGGUGGUCGAAAUUUCCGGAGCCCUCCACUACGGCGUCUCUCAUAAUCAUAUGGUGGUUUUGGGACGUUAAACGCCACAUAUCAAUCAAUCAAUCUUAAACUGGAGUUAUGUAGUGCAGGCUGGUUUUACAAUGUAGCAGCUCGGACAUUUCGCCCCGCCGCGGUGGUCUAGUGGCUAAGGUACUCGGCUGCUGACCUGCAGGUCGCGGGUUUGAAUCCCGGCUGCGGCGGCUGCAUUUCCGAUGGAGGCGGAAACGUUGUAGGCCCGUGUGCUCAGAUUUGGGUGCACGUUAAAGAACCCCAGGUGGUCCAAAUUUCCGGAGCCCUCCACUACGGCGUCUCUCAUAAUCAUAUGGUGUUUUUGGGACGUUAAACCCCACAUGUCAAUCAAUCAAUCAGCUCGGACAUUGCCCGAUCAUAUUCACCUUCCCUGUAUUUGAGCUAGAACGAACCAAAAAGGUACACCUCACAGGCUUCCCAUGCGAGCAUUUCAAGUUCGUUGCCACAGUGACUACCAACAUGGUUGCAGAAGCACCGCGACCUCCGUGUUAUUCAAUCAUACUGAGUUGCGAAACUCCCCUUAGGCUCUAUGUAUCGAAAUUCGGACGGCCAUUGGUCCAGAUGUCUGGAGUGGGUAAACUCCCUAGAAGUAACUAAAGUAGUGCGGUUCGUGUCAGUGUGCAGGCACGCCCUGUCCCUUGUGCUAGGUAGUCUAGGUAGUGCUAGCGGCAUGUUGUUUGUGCUUGGUCACAUUUUAUUUUGCUUUCCACGACGACAGCGGCUUACUCUCCUGUGCGCCGGGAGAGGGUAUGCCUGUGUCUGCAGUUUCUUGCUGGACGCUGUAUAGGGGCGCUGCUGCAGCUGUUGAGAGAGGAGGCAGAGGCAAAGGGACACAGUUGGCACUACUUAAAUUUUUUAGGGACUUUAGGUGUGUGCAGAUUGUUGUGUCACCUUUUGAUUAGCACACCAACUAUUAAAUGAACUUGUUUGUUUUUGUGUUGCCGUUCCUAGAUGGCGUGACAGUCUGCUUAUUCCCACAAAAUCGGCAAAUUGCCUGUCCGGGUUUUGAACGCAGUUUCACAACUAGUAAGACAAUAAUUCUGGUGGUUGGUUCUACGCAUCUUUGAGGCUUAAGAAAGUUCCCCUUGUGGGAACAGUUGCACAACAGAUUGAACGGAGGUGCCGUACUUACGGUCAUCCGUCGAAAUUUUAAACUGCCCCUGAACCUCGCAGAAAAAUCAAUGCUGCUUCGCGAUGACCCGGUGGCUGUACCCUCAAAAUCAAUGCUCAAUAUUUAUUACUUUCCUUAGAUCACAAAUCGAUCCAGCUGUGGACUCCUCUGAAGGGGCUCGAUGUGAAAUUUGGUAUCACACAUAUUUUAGUCACUCAAUUUCUGAAUGUGUUGUAUGCAUUUGAGCAAAACUAUGCGCAAGGCGAUAUACACGUGAAGCGGGUUUUUGUUCUCUGCCCUGUUCUGUUGGACAUGUCUGAAGACUGGUGCAAUAGAGCAAAUGCUGUUGCCGCAUUGUGAUAUACUCUGAGAUGACGGAACCAGUUUCUGUGUUCCUCCACACUUCACAAGACGUGAACAAGUGGAUGGGCUGUUUAUGGUUAUGUAACAAGAAAAAGAAUACAUGUCAUUGAAUCAGC